AUGUCAUCCUAUUCUAGAGGCAGAAAAUUGACAGUGUCCGAUUUCAUACUUGAAGAGGAUGAAACUCUCCCUGCUGAAAUCUUGAAUCAUGAUAUCUCCUUGAUGUAUCCAUUUGUUACUGAAGAAACUGUCAAUAUAGUUUCUAGCAUGGUUGAUGACCUGAAGGAUGACUGGAUGUGUGUUACUUGCAAAAUUUCUGUUUAUGAAAACAUGAUUGCCUGUGUUUAUUGUGAGCAAUGGUAUCACUGGAGAUGUGCUGGAAUCCAUGAAGAUGUUGGUGAAAAUGAUUGGUUUUGCUCUGUCUGUGUUAAUAGUUCUGUCAUCUGACCAACUUGAGAGUUACAAAAUUUGUAAUUAUGUUCAUAUACCACGUUAUGGUCGUACCUGACCACCAAAGAGACAACUACUCCUAUUUCAGAAAUUUGAAAUUGAUAAGCAUACCAAGUAUUUACCCCAUUUGAAAUGAAUAGUAGCAUGUUGAAAUCCUUUACUGCUACUGUGGUUGUGGUAAAUGUUACCACCUCGGUAUGGUCGUACCCGACCACCACAGAGACAUCUACUCCAAGCAUACCAAGUCUUUACCCCCAUUUGAAAUGAAUAAUAGGAUGUUGAAAUCCUUUAUUGCUACUGUGGUUGUGGUAAAUGUUACCACCUCGGUAUGGUUGUACCCGACCACCACAUAGACAUGUUUUAUAGGCAUAGAAGGUAAAAACUAAAAAACCAAUAUGUGAAUAAAAGUAUAAAAUCCAAAAUAGAAAAAUGAGAAAAAAGGAGAUAAGGAGUAGUCACUACCACCUUGUCACAGCCUCAAACUCAGAAGGGGGGUGGUUGUGUGUGCCCUUGUAUGUUUUGAGCAAUUAGCUUGUAAGUGGGCAGAAAAUGAUAAAAAAGCAACUCAUCAGCCAGAAACCCAAGAGGGACAUUUCGGGGCUUUAAUUUGGUAUGUCCAUUUCUCGUAGGCGCCCCUCGCAAUCCUGCGUCCAGGAUCACGGUUGCAAAGGUCAGGAAAAACAAAUAAAAAAUAUAUAUAUUAUAAAGAUCAACAAAAAGUAGCAAUCAACACAGAGUGCUUACUAAAGUAGGACUGUAGAGUGUACGGAGGCAUUUUAAUUGAGUGGGUAAAGAGGAUAAACAUGGUACGGUGUGGCUCUGGGAAUAAAGGGCUGGGAGAAAUGGGAAGGGUUAAAAGUAUCACCUGUGCAUAACAGCAUAAAGUUAGAGUUGGAGGGGUUGAAUGUGGCUAUGGGAAGGGCGUGCCAAAUGGGUUGGGUAGAGGAAGAGAGAGGGUACCUAAUCUGGGAAUGGGUUUGUAUGUAUAGAAUGGAUGGAGGACAGGGCUGUUGAAAGUUUGGAACAAGGGGGGGGAGGGAUGCCUAAUCUGUUUCAGGGGCCCUAUUUGAGGCCCCAAUUAAUUACUGUAAACUUUGUAUUUCGACAUGUGCAUGUUUCCUUGUAUCAGACGCCACAAUAUCGUUGUCCAUAGAGAAUGUAGCGAGAUUAUUUGUGGAAAAAUGUUUGUUUUUGUUAUAGUAACAGUUAUAUCAACGAGCUAUAGUAACUACUCAAGGCAUACCAAGUCUUUACCCCCAUUUGAAAUGAAUAGUAGGAUGUUGAAAUCCUUUAUUGCUACUGUGGUUGUGGUAAAUGUUACCACCUCGGUAUGGUUGUACCCGACCACCACAGAGACAUCUACUCCAAGCAUACCAAGUCUUUACCCCCAUUUGAAAUGAAUAGUAGCAUGUUAAAAUCCUUUAUUGCUACUGUGGUUGUGGUAAAUGUUACCACCUCGGUAUGGUCCUACCCGACCACCACAGAGACAUCUACUCCAAGCAUACCAAGUCUUUACUCCCAUUUGAAAUGAAUAGUAGCAUGUUGAAAUCCUUUAUUGCUACUGUGGUUGUGGUAAAUGUUACCACCUCGGUAUGGUCGUACCCGAUCACCACAGAGACAUCUAGUCCUAUUUCAGAAAUUUGAAAUUGAUAAGUAAGAUUUAGAUUAAUGUAUUUUUUUGCUUAAUAACCUGUUUUAAAUGAGUUGUGUUGAGUCAUAUAAAAUAAAUUUUUGUGUAUUGGACAUUUGUAUAUGUUAGCAACGAUUCACCAUCAAGUCAUACUAGAUAGUUUGAUAAAAAAAAUCGAAAUUCACUUUACUGAAUCGAAACUCAGGCUACGAUAUAUUUGAUAAUUUCAAUUUGAAAGCUCUGUAAUGUGGUAAUCAGAAAAUAUCUUGCAGAGUUGCGCUAAAAAGAAAUUUUCUAUGUGGAAUCCAAGUAUCUGAUCACACCUAGAGAAGCCCCCUCCUUUUCUUGAAACUUGAGAAAAAUUGCAAUCAGGGUUGCCAUAUGGGAUAUUUCAAUCCCAGAUUUGAGAAAAUUUGGGAUUAUUUGAAAGCCUUUGGGAUUUAAAAUUUAAUUGGGGGUUUGGAAGUGAUUUUGGGAUACAUUCGGGAUUAUACAUAAAAUGAGUCAACAAGGAAGGAAAUCUGAAGGAAUG